UCCGGGUCCCAGAGGUAGACGUGUGUGCCUGAGAACAGAGGCAGAGGACAGCGGGCUUGGCUCCCAGACUUGAGUGCUGCAGGCUGGUAACCUAGGCAGGGAGAGGUGAAAGUGGGCCCUCUCACAAGCUCACAAGGACCUGCCUUUUCUCUGGGUCUCAGGCUAGGAGGGAAUGCAUCACAUUCUUGGCUUAAGUCACUUUGUAAUGUACUUCGUAGUGUGAGGUGAUCCCUUCCUUAGCAGUGUCCAUGUUCUGCUGGUUUGGGGCUGAAAGAGGAGGGAGCGGUGGGCAGGAAAAUGGGAGGGGCCGUGACCUCUUCCGCUUUGGAGAACACAGGCAGCACUCCUUUCAGUUUGUUGCCAGGACUUGAGGCGCUGGGGCCAGAGCUGCAAGAAGGAAAUGACUUAGAAGCCUUACAAAUAUAUCUGUGCAUUCUUGCUUCAGACUUUACAGUUGAGGGCCAACCCAGCCUGGAAGCACCUCUUAUUAAUGUUACAAGGAAACCGCUACCUCAGCAAACAAAAGGAAAGAAGGAGAAGACUUAUAGUAACAAAUGCCAUUUUUAAAAGAAAACAAAACUUGUUUUCAGAAAAUACUAAAGGAAAUUUGGAAAUCUUUCUCAUAGGGAAGAAUGGUAAAUGGAUUUGGCAGGCAGGCUCUGUCAAAAUUCUGCAGAGAUUUGAUCUUCCUUCCUAAGGACUUAGUGUGAAAUAAUUCUGUACUGCUUUUUAAAUUGCUGUUGAUCAGCUUGUGGGUUUGGGGGUUCUAACUUUUCUGGUAUAUUGAAGAUACAUUAUAUUACAUUUUUUAAAGUUAAGUUAUUUUUCUGCCAUUGUAAAUACAAGUAUCAAAGUAUUCUUGCAAAGGUAAACAUUUUUCUCAGCAAGCAUAUCUUUUUAUUAAGAGAGUGGAAUGCUAACAGUUCUUAUGUAGCAUUUUGGACACACUUUUAUUUUUUGUCAGAGGUCCUGCCUACACUGAAAAUAUUAAUGAUAUAAACCUGUUGUCCUUUUCUCAUCUGCGUUGGAUCACAUGGUCACCUGCCUCAUGGAAAUGCCUUUUUUAAAACUUCUAUUUGCAGAACUCCACUAUUUUUAUACCUAGCUACAGUUUUAGGGGAGAAAGAAAGGAAUCAGAACACUGACCCUCUCACGGUCGCCAGGACAGUUCCCCUUCCCGCAUGUAUUGCUGCAGUGCCCAGGACAGUAAAAUGGACUACAAGCGGCGCUUCCUGCUUGGCGGGUCCAAGCAGAAGGUGCAGCAGCACCAGCAGUACCCGAUGCCCGAGCUGGGCCGAGCAUUGAGUGCUCCUCUGGCAUCUGCUGCCACCACCGCCCCCCUGGGCAGUCUGACUGCUGCAGGCAGCUGCCACCAUGCCAUGCCCCACUCCACCCCCAUCGCUGACAUCCAGCAGGGCAUCUCCAAGUACCUGGACGCCCUCAACGUCUUCUGCCGUGCCAGUACUUUCCUCACAGAUCUCUUCAGCACUGUGUUCAGGAACUCUCACUACUCCAAGGCAGCCAUGCAACUCAAAGAUGUGCAGGAGCACGUCAUGGAAGCAGCCAGUCGGCUGACCUCGGCUAUAAAGCCGGAGAUCGCCAAGAUGCUGAUGGAGCUGAGUGCCGGGGCUGCAAACUUCACAGAUCAGAAGGAAUUCAGUCUCCAGGACAUUGAGGUGUUGGGGCGAUGUUUCUUGACAGUGGUGCAGGUCCACUUCCAGUUCUUGACCCAGGCGUUACAGAAGGUCCAGCCAGUGGCUCACACUUGCUUUGCCGAGGUUGUCGUGCCAGAAAAAAAGAACAGCAGCAGUGGCGGCGGUGGCAGCAGCAGCUUAUCUGGCAUGGGCCACACACCAGAACUAGAGGAAGCUGUGCGUUCCUGGCGGGGAGCUGCCGAGGCAACAUCUAGACUAAGAGAAAGAGGCUGUGAUGGCCGCCUGGCAGGAAUUGAAGUUCAACAGCUCUUCUGUUCUCAAAGUGCCACGAUUCCUGAGCACCAGCUAAAAGAACUGAACUUAAAAAUUGACAGCGCUUUGCAAGCAUAUAAAAUAGCUCUAGAAAGCUUAGGUCACUGUGAAUACGCGAUGAAAGCUGGUUUCCACCUGAAUCCAAAGGCAAUUGAAGCCAGUUUACAGGGCUGCUGCAGUGAGGCAGAAGCACAGCAGACGGGGCGGAGGCAGACCCCCCCGCAGCCCAUGCAGUGCGAGCUUCCCACCGUCCCCGUGCAGAUCGGAUCCAGCUUCCUGAAGGGCGUCUCCUUCAACGAGUCUGCUGCCGACAAUCUGAAACUUAAGACGCAUACGAUGUUACAGCUGAUCAAGGAGGCAGGCUGCUAUAAUGGAAUCACACCCAGGGAGGACUUUCCGGUGACUGAAGUCCUGAACCAGGUGUGCCCGUCCACAUGGCGGGGCGCCUGCAAGACGGCCGUGCAGCUGCUGUUUGGCCAAGCUGGCCUGGUGGUAGUUGACACGGCACAAAUUGAAAAUAAAGAAGCCUAUGCCCCCCAGAUCAGUUUAGAAGGCUCCAGAAUCGUGGUUCAAGUCCCGUCCACAUGGUGCCUGAAAGAAGACCCUGCUACUAUGUCCCUGCUGCAGAGAAGUCUUGAUCCCGAGAAGACCCUGGGCCUGGUGGACGUGCUCUACACGGCUGUGCUGGACCUCACCCGCUGGAGGGCAGGGAGGGAACAAGCUUUACCCUGCAUACAAAUCCAGCUUCAAAGGGAGAUCUGUGAUUUUGGAAAUCAGACUGACUUGCCUUCUGGAAAUGGAAACAAAUCUUCAGGUGGCCUGCAGAAGACGUUCUCCAAACUGACAUCCCGGUUCACCAAGAAAGCUUCAUGUACCAGCUCUAGCAGCAGCACAAAUUAUUCCAUUCCAAAUACCCCUUCCAAAAAUAUCUUCAUAGCUGGGUGUUCAGAGGAGAAGGCCAAAAUGCCCAGUAAUAUUGACUCAAGGUUACAAAGCAUCUUGAACAUUGGUAAUUUCCCUAGGACUGCAGACCCUUCACAGUCAGCUCAUAAUUCUGGUAAUCAAAUGGCCAAUGGUUUUCUCAUGGAGAGGCGUGACAGCUUCCUGCAAGGGGAUGAUGGCAAGGACGAGAAGGGUAUGAACUUACCAACCGAUCAGGAAAUGCAGGAAGUGAUAGAUUUUCUCUCGGGUUUUAACAUGGGCCAGUCACAUCAGGGCUCCCCAUUGGUGACAAGACGUAACUCUGCUGCCACAGCCAUGGUGACUGAGCAGAAGGCAGGAGCCAUGCAGCCACAGCAGCCAUCACUGCCGGUGCCCGCUCCAUCACGGCCACCCCAGGCUGGGACACACACACCUCUGACACCCCAGCCGGGCCUGGCACCUCAGCAGCAGUCCCCAAAGCAACAACAACCCCAGGUCCUAUACUAUCAACACCUGCUCCAGCCUGUGGGACCGCAGCAGCCCCCACCCCAGUCUCGGGCCCCUGGAAAAUGGGUGCACGGCUCAGCCCAGCAGCCAGCACAGCCUGUUGGAGCAGGUCUUUCUCCCCUUGGCCAGUGGCCUGGCAUAACUGAUCUCAGUUCUGACUUGUACAGCUUGGGUCUAGUGAGCAGCUAUAUGGAUAAUGUGAUGUCAGAAGUUUUGGGGCAGAAGCCACAGGGACCUAGAAAUAACACCUGGCCAAACCGUGACCAAAGCGACGGAGUCUUUGGGAUGUUGGGAGAGAUUCUGCCUUUUGAUCCAGCAGUGGGUUCAGACCCUGAAUUUGCACGCUAUGUGGCAGGAGUGAGCCAGGCAAUGCAGCAGAAGCGACAAGUUCAACACAGUCGUCGCCCAGGCAACCCCCGGGGCCACUGGCCGCCCAUGGAUGAUACCCAUCGGACCUGGCCUUUCCCAGAGUUCUUUGCAGAAGGGGAUGGCCUGCACAGCGGCUGGUCGGGUGCCCAGGGAGACUCCGCCAGCUCAAGUGACGAGACGUCCUCCGCCAACGGAGAUAGCUUGUUCUCCAUGUUUUCAGGGCCUGACCUCGUUGCUGCUGUGAAGCAGAGAAGGAAGCACAGCAGUGGAGAGCAGGAGACCAGCACGCUGCCAUCACCGCCCCUUCUGACCACAGUGGAGGAUGUGAACCAGGAUAACAAAACCAAAACGUGGCCACCCAAAGCCCCCUGGCAACACCCUUCCCCGCUGCCAGGCACCCUGCCUGGCCCAAGCGCACCACUCUAUGGGGUCGCCAGCCCUGGCAGCCAGUGGAACGACACCAUGCAGAUGCUGCAGUCCCCAGUGUGGGCCGCCACCAGCGACUGCAGCGCCGCCUCCUUCACCUACGUGCAGACCCCGCCGCAGCCCCCGCCCCCACCAGCACACAAGGCAGCACCCAAGGGCUUCAAGGCCUUCCCCGGGAAGGCUGAGCGCAGGCCGGCCUACUUGCCCCAGUACUAACCCAGGCCGGCCGGCCCACUCGCCCAGAGCUGUUGAGGCCAACGUCCCCACCUUAGGGCUGACUAGCUGGCACCAGCCCCCCAGAGGACCAGUGCACCCCUGUCCAAGGGAUCCUUGGGAUGGAGGUGCUUGGCAGCUCCAAGCCUUUAAGGCCUGGCCUCUCAAAACUGCAGAGGCAUCAGAUCCCUGGAGGGCCUGCCGAAGACAGCGUUUUCUGAUCCUCCUCAGGAAGAUGCUGGGGGAUCUUCGAGCUUCAUAAGCACCUCCAGUGAUUCCGAUGCAAGUGGGCCGCAGGCCACACUUUGAGAAACACAGCUCUCAAGUUUGUAGUCCCACUGUGUGUGGGGAAGGCAUCAGGCCUGAAGGCUGAGAGCAAAACUGACCAUUCUUCAGAAACCCUCCCCUGACCCCUCCUUAACAUGUUGAGUGAUGACCACACCAAUCACUGUAUCUUACAGAUAUUUUUCAUAUAGAUUUUUAGUUAAAAUAUCUCCUGCCUAAAAUGCAUUGAAUAUUUUAAGAUAACAAAUAUAGAAGCUGGAGGUUUGUUCAACACUAUUUUUAUUUAAGCUUAUACAAACUGAGCGAAGAAUAGAUUAUUUGUGAUCAGAAGCAGUCACCUGGGUUUUCUGUGGGUGGAAAGCCCCUCACCACCCCAGCAGCACCCAAGGGGUGCAGCCUUUACUGGAUUUACAAAAGCAGGAUGAUAAAACUGAUGUUGGAGCAUAAUCCUGAUGGUGUGUGGAGAUGAGCCAGCUGGCUGCUGUCCAUGUGCAGGAUAAAGCUAUACCUUCCACCCUCAGAUCCUUCCGCCCGUGGCCAGAGGCUUCGACAGUCUCAAAGCAUGGGGGUGUGGUAAGGGGCUGCAGAGAGACACCUGCACUUGAAAUUGCAGUAACUUUAUGAGCUGGCUCCAGACAAACCAAUUAAGAUGUAGAUAGGGAUUAAUUUAAAAGUUUGUUCUUUAAAAACAAAAACGAGAAACCACCUCAUUUUCAGUUUAACAUGUGCUAUUAAAUAGAUAACAUCCUGUGGAUUUAGGGAUAUUUUCCAGCCAGAAUGGAUCCAGAAGAAUUGAAUGGUGCUUAAAUUGAGAAAUAAUAAAUAUAUCUAUAUAGACUAGACAUAUCCCACUGUAUAUUAAUUGAGGUUACAGAAGUUCUUUAUAUAAAACUUAUUUAAAUUUUUCAUAUUUCAUCUUUGAAAAAAGUCUAAUUGAGAAAAAUCCAUAAUAUUUUCUGGUAUGAAAGUUUGACAGUAUUAAUAUUUUUUUUAUAUUUUCUUAAAUCAUUAAACCAUUUUAAUAUAUGUUAAGUACUAAUAAAUGGUUUAUUCUUUCUAACUCCAUGUAAGCUUUUCCAGCAAAGAUUGUAAUAACAGUUAUGUUCUCAUUUUUCUAUGGAUAUAAGUAAAUUUAUAUUUAAAAUACCAAAAAGAAUAUAUAUAUGUGUGUGUGUGUGUAUAUAUACACACACACACAUAUAUAUGUAUAUGUAUGUAUGUAUACACACUAAUUCUAGAGGCCCCCUCGGGUGUCUGAGCCCAGCCAUCGGAGUUUUUAGUACUGUGUUGCCAGGCUGUCGCCAGGCCUCGGGCGUUGUCUUUUGUGCUGUGUGGGGACGCCAGUGCUGCCUGUAUUCAUGAUCCUCUCACCGUGGGUUCUGAACAUUCACCUCACCAUGUUUACAGAGAACUAUUUUGUACAUAGACUUCUUCAGGCACGUGCUUUGCACCAACCCUGCGUGGCUCUCGUCUGUGUUAGCUGUCACAGUGUGUGCACUAAUCUCUGUUGAUGUUGCCCGUGGCUGUUUUACUUGUAAGAUGGUUUUUCUAUUUCCUUCAGUAAUGUGUCUACAAUACGCCGUAUUUCGAGUUCUGUUAUACUGAAGUACUCUUGUUUUAAUAGUGCCUCCCUAAAGACCUCAUCCCGGACAGAGGUCAGUCCUUGAUGCUCCAGCGCAGGUGACAUCGACAUUGCUAGCCGUCACUUCCCAGUCUGUUUUUCUCGAUAAGGAAAGACAUUUUAUAAUGGCAUUUCCAUGGGCUGUGAGACCGUGUGCAGCUGUUUGUGUGGGCUCCUUGUAGGUGCUGUGUUCUCAGCACCGCCUUGCUCUGAACACUGGUAAUUCCAGGUGCUGCGCUCGGCAGAGGGGUCUCGCCAAAGCGCAUGUGUGUGCGUGUGUGAGUGUGUGUGUCCUUUGCGUAGCUGGGCGUGGCUGCCUUGUUCGGGCAUCAGCAGGACAUCGUGUGAUUAGUUACAACGCUUCCAAACUGGAACGCUACAUUUUGUAUCUUACUUUUAAAGCUCCUAUAAGUAAAAUAACUAUUGGCUUUAUUAAAAAUAUACAUUUAAUAAUUA